UGAUCAGAGUGAGUCCUCUCUGCGUCAGAGGAUCUUUGUUCAGAGUGAGUCCUCCUGCGUCAGAGGAUCUUUGAUGACAGUGAGCAGGAUGGCAGGCAGCGCGUGGAGGUCACUGCUGACACAGGUGGUGGCGGGGUCCGCCAGGAGACCCGCCCUCUCCUCAGCUUCCUUCUCCAGAGGGAUGCAGACAGUCACUCUGAUUCCUGGUGACGGGAUUGGACCGGAGAUCUCCACUGCGGUCAUGAAGAUCUUUGAGGCUGCAAAGGCUCCCAUCAGGUGGGAGGAGAGGAACGUGACGGCCAUCAAGGGUCCUGGCGGCAGGUGGAUGAUCCCUCCUGAUGCUAAAGAGUCGAUGGACCGCAGUAAGAUCGGACUCAAAGGACCUCUGAAGACGCCCAUCGCCGCGGGUCACCCCUCCAUGAACCUGCUGCUCAGGAAGACCUUUGACCUUUACGCCAACGUGCGACCCUGCGUCUCCAUCGAGGGCUACAAGACUCCAUACACCGAUGUCGACCUGGUCACCAUCCGAGAGAACACGGAGGGAGAGUACAGCGGCAUCGAACAUGUGAUUGUUGACGGCGUCGUUCAGAGCAUCAAACUGAUCACAGAGAACGCCAGCAGACGCAUCGCUGAGUAUGCCUUUGAAUAUGCCAGAAACAACCAAAGAAACAGCGUGGUGGCCGUCCACAAAGCCAACAUCAUGCGGAUGUCAGACGGUCUGUUCCUGAGAAAAUGUCGUGAGGUGGCUGAAAACUACAAAGACAUCAAGUUCACAGAGAUGUACCUCGACACCGUGUGCCUCAAUAUGGUUCAGGAUCCCACCCAGUUCGACGUUCUGGUGAUGCCCAACCUGUACGGAGACAUCCUCAGUGAUCUGUGUGCUGGUCUGAUCGGAGGACUCGGGGUCACUCCCAGCGGGAACAUAGGAGCGAACGGAGUCGCCAUCUUUGAAUCGGUCCAUGGCACCGCCCCUGACAUCGCCGGUAUGGACAUGGCGAACCCCACAGCUCUGCUGCUCAGUGCUGUCAUGAUGCUGCGUCAUAUGGGUCUCCAUGACUACGGCAACAAGAUCCAGACGGCGUGUUUCGACACCAUCAGAGACAAGAAGGUGCUGACGAAGGACCUGGGAGGAAACUCCAAGUGUUCAGAGUUUACAGCUGAAAUCUGCCGUCGUGUCCAGGACCUGGAGUGAAGCUGUAGAGGCGGAGCAGCUGUGGGAGUCUCUCUGCUCCUCCCGCCUCCUCCUGCCUCCUCCUGUCUCCUCCUGCUGACUGGUUGUAUCUCUGGAGCUGCAGGGACGUGUCAGCGGGGGGGGUUCCUGGGUUCUGUUUUUACAUGAAGAAAAGAGUGAUAUUGUUUUCUUCAGAGGUGUGGAGGGGUGGGGCUACUGCAUCGGGGGCGGGGCCUCUUCAGCACCUACCUGGCUAGUUAACAUGCUUAUACAUUCGCAGCAAACAUACGCACAGAUGUCACAUGACCAAGUCUGGAUGAUACCAGAGUGUGUGUAAUAUUAAUAAUGAUAUCAGUGCUCUGCUCUGUCGUCUGGACACUUUGGAUUUUUGUUAUUUUUUUAACGGUAACUUAUUUAUUGUUUCCUGUUACUGUCUCAAGCCGCCGCUCCUCAGGCUCACAUAUAUCAGACCUUAUUAAGGAGGACUGAGCUGCUGUCUCUCUGUCGCUCUUCUGUCUCCACACAAACAUCAGGCUUCUCAUGAACUAACAGCUUUAACACAGUCACUCAUUAAAGGGCUUUUCUCAAAGACUCACA